AUGGAAGGCGCGUCAGGACCCCGCGAGUCCCGGGCCCGGCCGAGGGAGCGAGACCCGGGCCGGCCUCCCCGCGCGGACCGAGAGCGCCGCCCCGAGCGGCCGCGGGACGGAACGGGGCAGCGGCGCGAGGAGCGGAGCGGGGCCGCCCGCCGGGACCCGGAGCGCGAACGGGACCGAGCGCGGGGCCGAGAUUCCCGCCACGACCGGGCCGCGAUCGGGGAGCAGCGAAGACCCGGGGGCAGAUCGCGGCCCAGUCGGACCCGGGACGCGCCCCCGAGACCCCCCUGGGACGCGCCCCCGCACCCCCACGCCGCGCCCUGGGGAUCCCCGGAGCCGCCUCCUGUCUGGAAGGAGGGUUUAGGGCGCUGGGGGCCGGAAAGUGAGUUCGCUUCAGACAGCUACCUGCCCCCUUAUCCUGGGCCCAGACAUGAGGAAGUGGACUAUUACCAGUCGGAGGCCCAGGGCCUCCUGGAUUGCCAUAAAUGCCGAUACCUGUGCACUGGGAGAGGUGUGGUACAGAUAGUGGAGGUGAUCUUGAAUGGGAUGGUGCUCAUGUGUAUCGUGGCCUCCUACUUUGUGCUGGCCGGAUUCAGCGCCAGCUUCGCCAGCGGUGGCGGCUUUGGGAACAACUAUUACUCUCCCUUUGAGGGCACCGAGCUGGAACAGGUCCGCCAGCUGGACCAGCAGUACACAGUCCUACGCGCACCCCUCAUCUAUGGCGGCGUGGCAGUGGCCCUGGGCCUGGGCGUCCUCACCAUGGGCGUACUGCUCAAAGGAGCCAGGAGUCUGGACAGACUGCCACGGCGGUGGCUGCUCCUGGAGGCAGCCUUUGGGGUGCUGGCAGCCGUGGGCUACUGUGUGGCCAUCGGCUUUUACCUGCACGGAGCCCUGCAGAUCAACUCCACGGACACGUGCAAGGCCCGGGAGAGGCUCUACGCCCGCAAAGGCCUCACCUGGAUGAACUGCCAGCUGGCGGGUACGGACGGAGCGGCAGCCACCUUCGCCUGCAUGCUGGUGGUGAUGUACGGAGCCAGCGCCGUGCUGGCCCUCCGGAGUGCGCGGGAGCAGAAGCGUCUCUACAAGGACAGCCGGUCACUGCACAUGAGUCCCAGACCCGCCCCGGAGUACAUGUGGUCUGGGACACUGUGA